UAAACAACACACACCAUGUUUUCUCCAUCUCUACUGCUCCUGCUGGCAGCUGCUUCCUAUGUGCAUGUUGAGGAACUGACUCAGCCUGCUUCCAUGACAGUCCAGCCAGGCCAGAGUCUCUCCAUCCACUGCAAGGUUUCAUAUUCAGUUACUAGUUAUUAUUCAUAUUGGAUUCAACAACCUGCAGGACAAACUCUGGAGUGGAUUGGAUACAUCUGUCGUGAUGGGAGUACAUAUUACAGUGAGAAACUGAAAACCAAGUUCAGCAUCUCCAGAGACACUGCUACUAACACAAUAACAAUUCAAGGACAGAAUCUGCAGACUGAAGGUACAGCUGUGUAUUACUGCGUGAGAUACACACAAGUGGAUUUGUGUCACUGUGACUACGCUUUUGACUACUGGGGAAAGGGAACGACGGUCACCGUUACUUCUGCAGUGCCAAGCGCGCCGAAGUCCCUGUUUCCCGUGUGGCAGUGCGGCUCGUCCCCGGACGGUUACGUCACUCUGGGCUGCAUCACGAGCGAUUUGGCCACCGCCGACGGACUGAGCUUCAAAUGGACGGAUGCGAGCGGGAGCGCGCUGACUGACUUCGUGCAAUACCCGGCGGUGCGCGCGACCGGAGGCUUCACCUCGGUGAGCAACGCGCGCGUCAAGGCUGCCGACUGGGACCAGAGCAAGAAGUUCACGUGCGAAGUGAAAAAUAGCCUCGGUUCCAAAGAAGCGACCUUACAAAAGAUAGCUCAGCCUGUGACUGAGCCCAACAUCACCAUCAGCAUCACGACAUCAGACGACAUCGUUCGUCUGCUUUGUUGGUUGGAUGGUUUUCGUCCAAAUAAAGUGAAUGUUGAGUGGUACAAGGGAGAGGAGCUGCUCCAAGAGAAAUCGAUCCUGAAAGUAUUCGAAGCAUCCAGCAAAGGAGAAAAGAUGUUUGCUGCACUCUGUGAACUCAGCAUUAAUACAGAGCAAUGGAACGAAGGGACAGAGUUCACCUGUCAGGCCACACACAAUUCCAAGACCUUCAAACAAACAUGGAGCAAGUGUAAAGCUCAUCCGACAUCCAAACCGCUGAUACGUCUGGAGAAACCUCGUCUCGUGUCAGUAUUGACAGAUUCAGAAGUAACAGUCUCCUGUGUUGUUGAGACUAUGUUCAACAUCCAAGUGUCAUGGCUUGUAGAUGGAAAGAAAAAGAAGGACAAGACGAGCACAAAAGAGACGAGACUGGGCAAGACGGUCAGCAAUCUGACCAUCUCUACAGCAGACUGGAAAACCGUGCAGAAAAUCACAUGCAUCGCUAAACAUCCAUGUUUCAACAAAGUAGAGGAGACAAUCGAUACUACAGAACCUGUGCAGAGAACUCCGACAGUGGUGAUCAGGAGGAUCCUUACAGACGGAGAGAAGGGAGACAGCGCGGUGCUGGUGUGUGCCGCAAGAGAUCUGCCCUCUGGUGAGCUCGCCAUCACCCUCCAGGCCAACGAAGCCAAGCUCUCUGAUGCUCAGUAUGUGGACCUGCCCAAAGGCCAGGAUACUCUGACUGCACGUUUCACUGUUUCCAAAACGACACAAUCCAAAGACCAACGUUACACCUGUCAGAUUCAGCAAAGCAGUACCAAUAAGUGGGAGUCCAAUUCUACAGGAAACAUUUUUGGUGACCCUUCAGUGGAACUUUCAGUUGUUUCCACUGUGGAUAAAUCUGCAUCGAAGACACAGAAACUUCUUUGCUCUGGAACUGGACUUAACCCAAAGAUCAAGUGGCUCCCCAAAUCUGUGUUGAAUGAUCUCCGUGAAGUAACGGUGCAAGCAGACGGGCGUGUGAAAGUGUCCAGUGAGAUAUCGCUUCCACAGCAGGAGUGGAAUAAUGGAGGGGAAUUUACGUGUGAGGUCAGCGAUCAGGAUCACAAACCUGUUCAGAAGAGCACCAGUGUCUGUGCAGUGACUCCAGCUUCUGCUCUGAUGGCACAGGUUUACCUGUUGGGUCCCUCCAUAAGUGAUACGAGAGCCAAGGAUUUGGUCCCCGUCACCUGUCUGCUGUUGGGCCGCAGGCUCAAGGACUUCUCCAUUAUUUGGAAAGUAGGAAAGGACAAUUACUCUCAGAAUGCGAUCACGCAAACUCCUAAAGAGCACAGCAACGGAACACAGAGCGUCCAAAGUAUUCUCAAUGUUCCGGCUGCAGAGUGGGAAAAAGACACAACUGUUUCCUGUGAGGUGAAACAUCUCUGUUCCAAGAACGCACAGCAACACGACAUCUCGAAAACCAGAGCUCAGCCUGUGACUGAGCCCAACAUCACCAUCAGCAUCAUGACAGCAGACAACAUCGUUCAUCUGCUUUGUUGGUUGGAUGGUUUUCGUCCGAAAGAAGUAAAAGUCGAGUGGUACAAGGGUGAGGAGCUACUCCAAGAGAAAUCGACCCUGAAAGUAUUCGAAGCAUCCAGCAAAGGAGAAAAGAUGUUUGCUGCACUCUGUGAACUCAGCAUUAAUACAGGGCAAUGGAACGAAGGGACAGAGUUCACCUGUCAGGCCACACACAAUUCCAAGACCUUCAAACAAACAUGGAGCAAAUGUAAAGCUCAUCCGACAUCCAAACCGCUGAUACGUCUGGAGAAACCUCGUCUCGUGUCAGUAUUGACAGAUUCAGAAGUAACAGUCUCCUGUGUUGUUGAGACUAUGUUCAACACCCAAGUGUCCUGGCUUGUAGACGGAAAGGAAAAGAAGGACACGAUGAGCACAGAGGAGACGAGACUGGGCAAGACGGUCAGCAAUCUGACCAUCUCUACAGCAGACUGGAAAACCAUGCAGAAAAUCACAUGCAUCGCUAAACAUCCAUGUUUCAACAAAGUAGAGGAGAUAAUCAAUACUACAGAACCUGUGCAGAAAACUCCGACAGUGGUGAUCAGGAGGAUUCUUACAGACGGAGAGAAGGGAGACAGCGCGGUGCUGGUGUGUGCCGCAAGAGAUCUGCCCUCUGGUGAGCUCGCCGUCACUCUCCAGGCCAACGAAGCCAAGCUCUCUGAUACUCAGUAUGUGGACCUGCCCAAAGGCCAGGACACUCUGACUGCACGUUUCACUGUUUCCAAAACGACACGAUCCAAAGACCAACGUUACACCUGCCAGAUUCAGCAAAGCAGUACCAAUAAGUGGGAGUCCAAUUCUACAGGAAACAUUUUUGGUGACCCUUCAGUGGAACUUUCAGUUGUUUCCUCUGUGGAUAAAUCUGCAUCGAAGACACAAAAACUUCUUUGCUCUGGAACUGGACUUAACCCAAAGAUCAAGUGGCUCCCCAAAUCUGUGCUGAAUGAUCUCCGUGAAGUAACGGUGCAAGCAGAUGGGCGUGUGAAAGUGUCCAGCGAGAUAUCGCUUCCACAGCAGGAGUGGAAUAAUGGAGGGGAAUUUACGUGUGAGGUCAGCGAUCAGGAUCACAAACCUGUUCAGAAGAGCACCAGUGUCUGUGCAGUGACUCCAGUUUCUGCUCCGAUGGCACAGGUUUACCUGUUGGGUCCCUCCAUCAGUGAUAUGAGAGCCAAGGAUUUGGUCCCCGUCACCUGUCUGCUGUUGGGCCGCAGGCUCAAGGACUUCUCCAUUAUUUGGAAAGUAGGAAAGGACAAUUACUCUCAGAAUGCAACCACACAAACUCCUAAAGAGCACAGCAAUGGAACACAGAGCGUCCAAAGUGUUCUCAAUGUUCCGGCUGCAGAGUGGGAAAAAGACUCAACUGUUUCCUGUGAGGUGCAACAUCUCUGUUCCAAGAACGCACAGCAACACAACAUCUCGAAAACCAGAGCCUCUGUGAACAAACAUCCUCCCUCUGUGGAGCUGCUGCAGGGUCGAGAUGAGCUGGUGUGUCUGGUGUACGGUUUCAGCCCGUCAGCCAUUAACAUCACCUGGCUCCUGAACGGUAUGAGUGUACAGCGUGAGGACAACACCAGCAGCUCUGCCAAAGGGCCUGAUGGGAAAUUCAGCAUUAAAAGCCACCUGAAUGUCCAGGCUGCUGAAAGGGCACCUGGAGCCACAUACACAUGCCAUGUCACGCACGUCACUGGCACCAUCAAUCGCAGCAUCUCUAAAACAGAAUUUAUUGAAGAGACGAUAUACUUUGAUGAGAACAAGUCUGAAACUAGCACACUGGAUCAGGCUGAGGAAACUUGGAACAUGGCCUGUGCCUUCAUCAUCCUCUUCGUCAUCUCUCUCGUCUAUGGAUGUUCAGUGACUCUGGUCAAAGUGAAGACGGCAUGAUCAGCUCUUUCAGGCGUCUUUUAGACUCGCGUUUAAUCCUUACAUUAUGUCAUGCUUUAUUGCUGUUU